GAGGGCCGCCGCAGACCCGACCCCUGCACUAUUUUGUUUUGCUCAUGACUUCACCUCGUCCAAACGCCGACACCAUCAUCCGAGCAAUCAGCUACUGUUCUUAAACAAAGACCCACUAAACCACUCUUCUUUUUAUAUUCAUUUGCUACAAACCCCCACUUGAUUGCUUCUUUAUCCCCAAAAAAACAGAGGAAUCCCCACACAAUCCUAAAACAACACGUAAAUUCAACCAUCCAAGUUAUGGGUCAUCAUCUUCAUUCGUUUACGAUAGCUCUGUUUUUCGACAACUCUGUCCCCUGAAGCAGAGAAACUUCAAAGCAAUUGCUCAGAGUAGAUCUGUUCUUCAUGAUGGAUUACGCGGAUAAUUGGGGAAGUCGUUAUGGGGAAUUCCUUGAGGCAUCUUACCAAAGCAUUGGAGCCAUUGCUGAGAAGAGUGGUCUGUGAGGAAGUUGAUCGGAGUUUAAUGCGGUAUUCGAGGUCGUUAACGAGGGCUUCGUCGUUGAGGAUUCAAGCUCUGGAGCCUUCCAGUUAUCAAUUGUAUUUUGUGAAUAACGUACCGUCGAAGAUUUUCACCGGAAGUAAGAUCACGGAUGUGGAAAAUCAGGCGCUGCGGAUUGCCGUCGAGGACGGCGGCGGAGAUCUGCCGUCGCUUAUUUCUUCGCCAGUUAAAGUAGAAAUUGUGGCGCUGAAUGGCGAUUUUCCUGGCGAUAAACAGGACUGGACGGCGGAUGAAUUUAAUGCUAACAUUGUGAAAGAGCGGACUGGAAGGAGGCCGCUGCUUCAUGGCGACAUGAAUGUAACUCUCCGGCACGGCGCUGCAACCAUCGGAGAUAUUGAAUUCACGGACAACUCGUGCUGGAUCAGGAGCAGGAAGUUCCGGCUUGGUGCCCGAAUUGUUCCCGGGUCGGAUCGUAAUAAAAGCCCCCGGAUCCGUGAAGCUAUAAGCGAACCGUUUGUGGUCAAUGAUCACCGCGGUGAAUUGUACAAAAAGCAUUACCCACCAAUGUUACACGACAAAGUAUGGAGAUUAGAAAAGAUAGGAAAAGAAGGAGUGUUCCACAGGAGGCUAAACGAUCACAACAUCAGAACAGUUCAAGAGUUCUUACAGUUCUUCACUGUGGACCAACAAAAGCUAAGAACGAUCUUAGGCACGGGAAUGUCGGAAAGAAUGUGGGAAGCCACCACCAAACACGCUAAGACAUGCGAGCUGGGACACAAGCUCUAUCUCUUUCGUGGCCACAAUUUCACGCUUUUCUUGAACCCCAUCUAUCAAGUUGUUCAGGCUGUAAUUGGUGGCCGAACUUAUACAUUCCCAGAGCUUCAAAAUAUUCACGAGGGAACCUUGAAGAAUUUGAGGAAACAGGCAUUUGAUAACAGGCAAUGGCUACAAGACAUAGAAGGGAAUUUAAGCGACAGUUUGUUACUAUUAACGCAAGGGAAUGAAGAAAGUGAUUACAAUAAUGUAAUGGAGAAAUCGCUGAUUAUAAGUGGAGAAGUUGAAGGCAGAGAUUGGGAUUCAAAUUCGGAUCAAAUUAUUUCUGCAACAUUUCAAGGCCAUUAUAAUUAUUUCACUUAAUUACAACUAAUUAUCUCUCGAUUACUUUAGUUUUUCUCCAAAUUUGUUUUAUUAUUUUCAUUUUGUGUCAAUAUGUAUAAAUUUACAAUUUAAAAUAAUGAUCAAAUCUCUCUGUUUACGGUCAC